CCAGAGAGAGAGGAAGGUGAAUAACGCUAUUGGACUUUUGUAUAUUGUACGCCAGAGGAAAUAGAGAAGAAGGGGAGGAGAGAGAAAGAAGGGGACAGAGUACCCAGUACUGUGCCUUCUCCAGUCUCUACCAUUCACGAGAGUGAUAGCAAAAAAAACAGAAAAAAAAAAAGGAAAGAAACGGGGAGAAAGGAAGAGCAGGGAAGAUGAAGAGUAGCAAUUUAUUGUGGGAGGGAAACGAGCGUGAGAACCAGAUGAAGAAAGUCUUCUGCUUGUUCUUCUUUGGAGAAGAAAAGCUUUGAAGUUCGCUUGCAACCCAAUCCACUUCCUCCCGGAUUUGUCUCAGAUUCAAAAAAAGGGAAAUGGUGCAUGUUUGAUCUAGACGGGGAGAGAGAGAGUGAGUGAGAAGACUGGGAUAUUGCUCAUCUGUUGUAUGCGGAGGCGGUAUUAUUAGAUGAGGGGGUUGCCCUUUAACUACCAGAGGAAGGGGACGGUGCUAGUAUUAGAAUCUCAAGCGAGAGGAACCGGAGUGGAAGAAAAAACCGGCGUCUUUUGGAGCAGCAGCGUUCAGAAUAGGAAGAAAGGUGUCAUCUUGGAGCCGAGAUCGGUUCUGGAUCAGAGAAGCCCGAGUCCUCCAACCUCCACGUCCACCCUGUCUUCUCCCCUCGGUGGCGGGGCCGCGCGCUUCACUGACACCGCCGGCGUGGCGGCUGUUUCCGGAAAACCCACCUUCAAAUGGACCAACACCGCCGGCGAAGAAGGCGGGAGAAAAGAGGAGUGGGCACCCGAGCUCCACCCUGUUCCGGCGUCACUGGAGGUGGAUUGGGAUAACAUGCUCUCUGAAUCCGCUGCUUCCCCUGGACAGGAACAGACUUUUCUUCACUGGAUCAUGGGAGACAUAGACGACCCAGCGAAGCAACAGCAUCUGAUGCUCUCUUCUCCAACUUCCAUGGCAGAAAUUGACUCCGGAAGCCAUGGCGUUGGCUUCGGGCUCAUCGAUCCUGGCUUUGGAUUUGAACCCAAUGCUUCAGCCUCCGCCAUUAGCAGCCAUCCACCGCCGCCACAACUGGAUUCUGCUCCCGGUGAAAAAAAUCCCAUUUUCACGGCCUCGCUGCCCCUUUCCUUACCUCAGGCAAUGUUCUUCCAGGAAACAACGGAAGAAAAACCCCAGUUCUUUGGCUCAAACUUCCUCCUUAACCAGUUCCAACAAACACAGGUUCCAGCAAACCCAGCCUUCUUCGUACCACUUCCAUCUUUCUCCUCCUCGAUGGAGAACCUCGUUUCCACUCCUCAUCCCGGCGCCAGAUCUGAGAUCUUCCUCCGGCCGCAGCCCAACCAAAGCUUGAACUUUCAUCAGCUCCACCCUGUUCCUUACCAUCUUCAGCAUCGGCCUUUGAAGCCCAAGUCUCUAUCGGCUGGGGACGAGGCCAUUGCUAUCCAACAUCAGCAGCAGCAGGUUCUAGUCGAUCAGCUCUUGAAGACGGCAGAGCUAGUUGAAGCUGGAAACUUGGUCGGCGCGCAUGGGAUAUUGGCGCGGCUCAAUCACCAGCUCCCCUCCGCAAUUGGGGAGCCCUUCCUCCGCUCGGCCUUUUACUUCAAGGAGGCUUUGCAACUCCUUGUCAAUUCCGCUAAUCCGCAGGCUGCGACCUCCUCCCCUCCUCACCACCAUCGAACUCCAUUCACUUCUCCAUUGGCUUCUCCAUUGGAUGUUGUUCUCAAGCUCAGCGCUUACAAGGCCUUCUCAGAGGUCUCCCCAAUCCUGCAAUUCACCAACUUUACUGCCACACAAGCUCUCCUUGAAGAGAUUGGUGCAGCAGAUUGCAUUCACAUAAUCGACUUUGACAUUGGUGUUGGGGGGCAGUGGUCCUCCUUCAUGCAGGAACUGGCACACCGUCGGUCAUCAUCAUCAGCCCUUUCCAUGCUCAAAAUUACCGCCUUUGUCUCCCCUUAUGCCUUCCACCCCCUUGAGCUCCAUCUCACCAAGGAAAACCUUUCACAUUUUGCAGCAGACCUCAACAUCCCCUUUGAAAUUAACAUAGCAAGCAUUGAAUCCUUCGACCCUGCUGAGAUCCUUGUUCUGUCUGCCGGUAGCAAUGAGGCCAUUGCUGUGAACCUCCCUGUUGGAGUUUGGCAAGGCCCUUCUUUUCCAACUCUUCUUCGCCUCGUCAAGCAGCUGCUGCCCAAGAUUGUCAUUUCCAUGGAUCAAGGAUGUGAUCGGGGCGACUUGCUCUUCUCCCAUUACUUACGUCAUGCAUUGCAGUCCUGCAUAGUUCUCCUGGACUCCUUUGAUGCGGCAGGUACUGACCAGGAUCUAACUAAUAAGAUAGAGAGGUUUGUUCUGCAACCUAGGAUUGAGAAUUGUGUGAUUGGGCGCCACUGUACUGCUGAGAAGAUGCUGCCAUGGCGAACUCUUUUUGCCUCAGCUGGGUUUGUUCCAUUUCAAUUCAGCAACUUCACAGAGGCUCAGGCUGAAUGCCUCUUGAAAAGGGUUCAGGUUAGGGGGUUCCAUGUUGAGAAGCGCCAGGCUGCACUUUACCUGUAUUGGCAACGAGGGGAGCUAGCUUCUGUGUCGGCUUGGAGGUGUUAAACUGUAUUCUACUGCUGUCUCCUUGUUGGAUUUCCUACUAGAUGUUGCAGAGUAGGGUAAUUAUAUAAUCUUUCAAGGCAUGUUAGAUUCUAAAAAAGUGAAACUUCUGUGGUGAAAAACCUUUUUCUUGUAUCCUAAUUGGCUUCAUCUUACCAUGUGGUCAUCUAAUCUACUGAUUCUGAUGCGUUUCUAGACUGAUUGAUUCUCCAGUAGAAAGGUAUUUGACAAUUUUUGAA